GUAGCGCUGAGCAUGUGACAGUCAGCUGACUCGUCACCGGAAAAGCAUCAAAACACCAACAAGUUGUGCCUUUUUCUUCAAUAUUCCUCUCAAUAGAUUAAUUACGAAUGGAGUCGACACUGGAGCAACACCUCGACGACACCAUGAAGAAUCCAGCAGUGGUCGGCGUUUUAUGUACGGACGAGCAAGGACACAACCUGGCAUGCCGCGGCUCGCUGUCAGACGAGCACGGGGGCGUCGUGUCCGUUUUGGCCAAACAGGCCGCCGCCCUCACCCGAGACCCGACGGACACGCCCACCGUGUGCCUGGAGUCCGACUCCGGCACCAUUUUGGUGAGGAGUCAUGGGACUGUCACGGUUGCCGUUCACAAGAUUUCCUCCUGAAAGCAACUUGAAAAGAAACUGGACAGUAAAUAACUGCAAUGUUUUUUUUUUUUUUUUUUUUGUUCCAAACACGUCGGUCUUUGCCCGCUCAAGUGGGCCAGUCUGUAAUUGUUUUAAUAUGUGCUUCUUUCUGAAUGAACUUGAUCAUGAUUGA